AUGCCCCUCCACGACCUUACUCUGCCAGGGUUUCGUCCAGAGAGUGCUACUCUGACACCAUCUCUUGUUUUCAAUAAGAAAUCAAAGGUUCGUCAGCUGUCGCAAUAUCAUCAUCACCAACCUUUUUCGGUGGCUCACCAAGUGGUUUCUGUGAAUAUUGAUUUGGCUCGACGUACAAUUGAAGGUUUUACCGAGCUUACAGUUGUUCCUACUGACCCCGUUAAUCGUGUCAUAAAGUUGGAUGCCCGUUAUAUGGACAUAAGGGCAGUAUAUGUUAAUGAACGACGCGUGAACUUCUUAUACAAUGAUAUCAUUCAACUUGAGUCCCUGAGGCGACUCAAUAUCUUGAAUCUCAGCCCCGAAGAGGAAGAUAUUGUCGGAAAAAAUUACACAGUGAGCCAAAGUCAAAUUUACAAGGAACGGUUUAAGCUGAUUUAUAGUGGAACUGAUUCUAAAGAACUAGCAAUUUUCUUACCCGAUAAAAUGAAGAUUACAUUACAUGAUGCUAGUAGUGCACUUGCUGCUGCACUAACGCCAGUGGUUCGUGAUUCUCCUGGCUCCUAUAAGACUCCAAACAACUCUGAAAUGAUUUAUACCCCAGUGAACGUACGAAUAGAAUAUUCCUGCAAGAAUCCAUUGGAUGGUGUUUGCUUUAUUGGAGGGUUGGGAAGUGGGAUACCACAGAAUAAAUGGCAUGCAUACACUUCAAACUCUUUAAUAGGUAUCUCAACUUCUUCUUGGGUCCCCUGUGUUGAUAACUUCUGGGAAAGGUAUACCUGGAGAUUGGAUAUUAGCGUUGCACGAAGUGUAGGGGAUUUAUUGCCAAAAAGGGGAAUUGGUUUCAAUGAAGACGGGGAUGACGGAGAUGACAAUGCCAAAGGAGAUGUUGAUUUAGACCAGGAGAUCGUGGUUUGUGUUAGUGAUUUGUUUAAUGUGAAAGAAGAAGCACAUACCUAUGACGUAACGAAAAAAACUACCUCUUUUACUUUGAUAAAUCCAGUGUCACCACACCAUGUUGGGUGGGCUUUGGGACCAUUUGAAAAAAUAACUCUUGAAGCCUUGGAAGAAAAUAAAAGUGACGAUGAAAAUGAAGAUGAUGCAGCAGAUACGUCGGCAGUGAAGGGGAUUAUAUAUUGUUUUCCAGAAGAUCGUACGAAAGCAAUCAAUUCCUGUAUUAUACUUUCAAAAGCAAUUGAAUUUUACUCCCGAGAAUUUGGUUCCUUUCCUUUCUCCAGUUACUCGGUGGUAUUUGUAUCAGACGCCCCAGAUACGUCAUAUGGUUAUGCUGGUCUAUCAAUUCACAGUAAUAAACUUCUUUAUGGGCCAGACGCUAUUGACCCACUUUUUGAUUGCACUGAGAUUAUUACAUAUUUUCUUGCCAAACAAUGGGCAGGUAUUAAUGUUCUCCCUAGUACAUACGAUGAUUUUUGGAUCACUAUUGGGAUUUCACAUUACAUGGCGAACCAAUUUACUAAGAAACUCAUGGGUCAUAACGAGUUCAAAUUCAGAAUCAAGAAACGGGCAGAAAUGAUUUGUGAACAAGAUGUGGGUCGAAGACCGAUUGCUGAACCAGCUUUGAGCUUCCCAGUAAACGAGUGCCGUGACCUUGAAUUCAUAAAACUUAAAGCCCCGAUUGUGUUAUUCAUUCUUAAUCGUCGUAUGACCAAGACCGACAAAUCAUUUGGGCUUUCCAGAGUUAUUCCAAAGAUUUUCCUUGAAGCCAUGUCGGGAGAUUUACCUCAUGGUGGUAUAGAUACAGCUCAUUUUCAGCACGUUACUGAGAAGGUAAAUCAUAAUAAACUCGAAUCGUUCUUCCGUCAGUGGGUGUUUGGUGCGGGUACACCAAUCUUUCGUAUCACUCAAAGAUUUAAUAAGAAGCGGUUGUUUAUUGAAAUGGGCAUUCGACAAGUGCAACAAGAUGAACUUAAUCCAAGAGCUCCGACAGUGGACUCUUUUAUGGAUGAUACCCAGAAUUUUUUCUCUGGUUACAAGUCCCCGACCCUACAGACUACCUUCACGGGGCCAAUGACCAUUAGAAUCCAUGAGGCUGAUGGUACGCCAUACGAACAUAUUGUGAACUUGAAGGAUAAUUUUACGAAAUUGGAUAUUCAAUACAAUACAAAGUAUAAAAGGUUGAAACGUCGUCAGACUAAAUUAGAAGGUGAAGAAAAGGAUGGUGAAGAUGCCGUUGGCAAUGAUGACAAAUUGGAUGGGGAAAAGAAUGAAAUGGAUGAUAAUGGAAUGAACGAUGAUCAAAAUAACAAUAAUAAUGAUGUGUUGAAACAUUGCCUUGGUGAUGUUCUUCAAAGUGAAGAUGAAAUUAAAAAAUGGGGGUUGAGUGAGUGGAGUAAAGAUGAAGAAGAAAAGAAGGGAAAUGAGGCAUUUGAAUGGAUCCGUGUGGAUGCGGAUUUUGAAUGGAUUUGUCGUAUCUACAUCAAUCAACCAGGUUAUAUGUUCCUUUCCCAACUUCAGCAGGAUCGUGAUGUGGAAGCUCAAUUAGAAUCAGUAAGAUACUUUGCAGAAAGCCCAAAUCCCACACCAGUUUAUUCUACCAUAUUGCUUCGUACCCUUAUGGAUUCGCGUUAUUAUUAUGGGAUUCGUGUGGAAUCUGCCAAAGCGUUAGCAUUGUAUGCAAAGAAAGAACUUAGUUUUACUGGGAUGAAAUUGCUUAUUAAAGCAUUCCAAACAUUGUUUUGUUUUGACGUACACUCAAAUAUUCCUCUCCCCAAUGAUUUUUCAGAUUUUGCAUCGUAUUUCCUUCAGAAAUCUUUCCCACUGAUUUUAUCAACUAUUAAAGAUGAACACGGGGCUUGUCCACCAGUAGUGAAAACCUUCUUGCUUGAUUUGUUGCGUUAUAACGAAAAUGGUCAAAACGAUUUCAUGGAUUGUUUCUAUGUUGCAGAACUUAUCGAAUCUCUAAUUACUACUAUAGUCGAGGGAGAAACUCUGAGUGUUCAUGAUAAUACAGAAGCAGACCAUGUGGCAAAAAACAAAGAGUUUCUGGAUAAGGUGCUACUUGAACUCGAUAGAUUGAUGCGUAUGGAUGAAUGGAUUCCCCUGUAUCAUCAUUUAGUAUCUGUCGUGAUUCUUAAACAAAAAAUUAGACUUGCGAUUCAUGGAUUAAUCGAUUUUUCAUAUGAAGAUUUGUUGCCAUACACCAGGCCAGGCUGCUAUGAUGAUAUUCGGCUUGUCGCACUUGAAGGAAUUAUUCAACUCGGUGGUUUAAAGAACAGCCACUUCUUGCAUUAUUUGUUCAAAAUGCUUGAAUUUGAGGGCUCUACGUAUGUGAAGAAUCAGAUCGCCGAAGUGCUUGUUCGGGGUGUCGCAUCAGCGGGAAUUAAGGGUACGUUGUCUUUAUUGGAUGAUGAGGAAUUUGAACCCGAGGAUGUGGAAGAUUAUGAUGAAUCAGUGCUCAGUACCGUCAGACUAAAGCAGAAAGGUGAAGACUCUGGUGAUAAUCCAACUUCUGAUGCGGGAAUGAUUUUUAUUGAAGAAGAAGGUGUCUCCCAAGGAAUUCAAGAAAGAAGGGAAGCCAUCAGCCGUACCACUGUUGCUGGGAUAAUUGAUUUGCUACGCCAUGGUUACGGAAAGGGCAAAGGUAUUCGCCUUAAAUUCUGGGAAGCUAUCUGUUCUCCGGUGUUGGGUAUUCGAAUCAAAAAAUUAUUGUUUCAACUUAGUGCCAUAUUGUUUGAGCCAGUAGGAUCGGUUCUUUUGACAUUGCAAACGCCUAGAGACAAAAGAAUCACUGCAAAAUACAAUGGGGACGGUAAAUUGGUUAUUGCUCGUCAAAGCAAAUUCAAAAUUCAAUUCAAGAAGAAGCUUGCCCUCAAAAUAUUGACGGAAAUCAAGAACAGUGAACCUGGUCAAAGAUCCGCUAUUAAAUCUCCAAGUUCAAAGACCACUCCAAAAACCCCAGCAAGAUUGACUCUUGAUACUAAGGUUCUCAAAGAGGUAAGUGCCGGUAAUGGUACCACCUUAGUUUUGAAAACCCCAAUUCUUCCGGAGACUAAAAAAGCAUUACCGCCACCAAAGUUGCCGCCAUCAAAGUUACCACCACCGAAGUUACCACCGCUGAAAUCACCACCUAAGAAGUUACCACCACCGAAGUUGCCGCCACCACAAUUAGCUGAGAAAGAAUCUGCUGCUCCUGUGCCUAAAGUUGAAAAGAUUACGAAAAUGGAACCACCGGUAUUACCAAAAACCAAAGUCAAGAAAUACAGUGGAGUUGUCCAUAAGAGCGAAUUAAGUGGUAAAAAUACUGUUGUGGUGAUAAAAUCUGCCAAAAAGACCCCAAUUCCCGUCAGACCAGCCAAGAUGGAGCCAGUUAAGAAAGAAUCCUUGAAGAGUAAAAGCAGACCAAAAAAGGAGUCGUAUAAAUCUUAUGCUAUCAAUUUAGGUCAUAGUGAACGCCAAGGAAGGCUUUCACACGUGGUCAAGAUUAAGACUUCCCCGCUGCUUGUUAAUAAAUUGACCCUGUUCAAAGAUACCAAAACUAAGGAUCAAAAAUUCAUUGCUCACCUAAAGAAACACAAAUCCUCACUACAUAAAUCAGCAUUUUCUGCGAGUGUCGGAGAAGGUAAAUCCAGAUAUGUGAAAAUCGACUUCAAAAAACGCAAGAUUUUUGUCAAGCCUGAUCCGUUUACCGAUUUGAAACGUCACCAGCUGAUGCCGAGCCGGUAUUCCAAAUCACACCAAUCUGAUACACACCAUCCAAUCUCACGCCAACCUAAACCACAUAAUACCAGUGGCUCAUCUCAUGAUGUCGAGCACAAAAAGAAGAAUGGAUCGAUUUCCGCCCGAGAAGCUAACGUUGGUGAUCCCCCAAAGAAGUCAAAGCUCAAACUCAAACUCAAGCCAACAUUGUAA